CCUACUCUAAUUCAAUAGGAGCUCAGCUGCGGCUGUUGGUCUGUCGGCGUCGAGCACACACGGACCAUUUCUCUCACAGUGAAUCACACAGCUGAACCUGUCCGUCGGAAUAACAGUCUGUGGCUUCGGACGCGACAUUUUUAAAUAAAUAUGAGGACAGAUUUAGGAUAAACCGAGGAUGGAUGCAUGAAUCUUGUGUGUUUUCUCUCUCUCUCUCUCUCUCGGAGCGUUUGGUUUUUUUGCAGAGUGAUGAAUGAAAACCAGCAGGAAAAAAACAAAAUCCGAGCUCGCCAUGGAUACCAGAGUGCAGUGAUGCUGAGGGAACAGCUGUGACUGAAUAAAGUCCGAGAAAAAAAGAGCCAAAAAAACAGCGACAAGUUGUGCAGAACACUGUUUUUAUUCCAUUUCUGGAUCAGAUGCUGCAGAUGUUAUAGUUUGCUGAGGACGCUGAUCCUGAGGACCGAGCAGACCCCCCUCUUCACACAGACCGGAGGAUGAUCCCCGGGGCCCCCAGCACGACCACCACCAUGCUCCCCGCCUCCGAGGCUGCCAAAAUCUACCAGACCAACUACGUGCGCAACUCCCGCGCCAUCGGCGUCCUCUGGGCCAUCUUCACCAUCCUCUUCGCCAUCGUCAACGUGGUGUGCUUCAUCCAGCCGUACUGGAUCGGAGACGGCAUGGACACCCCGCAGGCGGGCUACUUCGGUCUGUUCCACUACUGCAUCGGGAACGGGCUGUCCCGGGACUUGACCUGUCAGGGAAGCUUCACCGAGUUCAGCACCAUCCCCUCCGGUGCGUUCAAGGCCGCCUCCUUCUUCAUCGGGAUGUCCAUGGUGCUGGUGCUCACCUGCAUCGGCUGCUUCGCGCUCUUCUUCUUCUGCAGCACCGGCACCGUGUAUAAGAUCUGCGGCUGGAUGCAGCUGGCUGCAGGUACGUGUCUGAUUCUGGGCUGCAUGAUCUACCCGGACGGCUGGGACAGCGACGAGGUGAAGAGGAUGUGUGGCGAGCAGACGGACAAGUACACGCUGGGGGCGUGCUCGGUGCGCUGGGCCUACAUCCUGGCCAUCAUGGGCAUCAUGGACGCUCUCAUCCUGUCCUUCCUGGCCUUCGUCCUGGGGAACCGUCAGGACAGUCUGAUGUCUGAGGAGCUGCUGGGAGACAAGAGCGGCAAUAACGCCAUAUAAAAUCUGGUAAUGGAUCAGCAGUCACACACACAGGUCUUGCUGCCUAUACGUGACGUUACUUCAGGAUCCAGCUUCCUUCUCCUGGUCCAUCCUGUGGCUGGGAUGCAGAGCUGAUGUGUGAGAAGAACCGAUCUAUGAGGAGGUCUGGAGGAGGCCUCACAACCUUGGUGGAGACUGGGAUGCUGCUUGUCCUCUCUGGAAGCUCCCCCCUGUAAAAUAGCCUUCUCGUUCAUCUCAAACUGCCUUUUUUUUUAGCAGGAUGAAUUCUCAAAAAGACUUUCACGUUUACCUGUGUUGGUAUGUCACUGCGUCAUCUUACCCGAGCUGUUCAGACUGAAACGUUUGUCCGUGUGGAUGUGAGGAAGGCUGGCAGUGCACAAGAAAAAAAGAUAUAUAUAUAUAUAUAUAUAUAUA